UAAACGCAGCCUUACAUUACUUGUUUACCCAUGUAUGUGUAGGUAGGCUACGUCAUUAGAAAUACAGUAGAAAUUCCCUUCUGAUCAGUUUUGACAGCGCACUAUUAUUUCACAGGUAAUAGCCAACUCGAGGCGGAGCGUAGCGUCCUCAAACGCACAGGUUGGAUUCCACGGAGGUGUGCGGAAAGAGAAGAGGACGAACAAAGCAAAAGCAGCGGCGCGGCUUCAAGAGCCAAAUGGCGUUACAGAAAUACCUUUAAAAUGACUUGAGUGCAAACGGAAUUCAACAUGGUGAAUUUAGGUGUGUGCUGCGCAGACCUGAAGGACAACAAGACCCUGAUGAAAAUGGGUCUGGGUCUGGUGCUGGUGGGUCACGUCAACUUCCUGCUGGGAGCGCUGGUACACGGCGUUGUGCUCAGGCACAUCAAUGUGCAUGUUCAGGCCAGGGUCAUGGGGUACGCCAUCUACAUCAUCAUCGCCCUGGUGGCAGGGCUCGUGGGUAUCAUAGCUGGAAUAGUAGCCAUUGUCCUAUCCAAAAACCUGAAAAACAGGAUUCUGAUGUGGGUGCUGUUGGUGGUCAGUUUAGUGUCAGGCCUUUUGGCAACCGCCUCAACUGUGGGGUUAACCAUUUCAAUGGUUAAGGCCAUUAUAAGUGGAGGUCGAGGCCUGCUGAAUCAUUGCAAGUUCCCUGAUGCUAUUGGCUAUGCCAGCAUCACCAACGAAUGCCCCUUUGACCCCACAAGGAUCUACGAAACUACUAUUAUUCUGUGGGUGCCUCUCAUUCUAAUGUGUGUGGUGGAAGUGGUGUUCUCAGGCCGCUGUUUCGCCCUCUGCACCUCCUUCCUCCGCCUCUGUACGUGCAGGAGACGAAGGAAGAUUGUCAAUGGCAGAAGGGUGCGCAUUCAGACUCCAGGUGAACUGUUACCGGUGUCGCCUACUCCUGAGUCAGAAACUGAGGCAGAGCCAGCAGAGCAACAUGAAUUGCUGAAGCCUGACUCACCGACAGAGAGGAGUGAAUGGGUCUGAACUAAUCCACCACCUGCACUAAGACUGCUCAGGACCCAUUUGGUGAACUCCACAGGAGAGGUGGUUGCUGUAUGUUGACUGGAGGAAGUUAGUGCUAUCGGCUAUUGAAUAACUGGACAAAUUUGAGCUGUUUUUGUGGCAAUUUUUCUGAGUUUGUGUUGUCACAUGAUUGCCCUUUAAAGAAAAGGGAUAUUUUCAAGACUGACCUCUUGAUGUGUCACUGCAUUUCAUUUCUUUCCAAGAGAACAAUCUGCCAAUAUUGUUCACAUGUUAUGUUCACUAAACCGGUUUCCCCUGCCAUGGAAAAGGAGUAGGGUUGCAAAGGGUGGGUAUAUUACUGUUAACUUUAACUUUCAAGUUUAUCACAUCUAGUGGCCUUUUGGGUACUUCAGAUUAUCACAGGUGUCGUAUCACUGACUCUCAGCACAUGUAAAUAUGAAAUAAUAAAAUGAUUUUUCGAAGUUAAAUUAAAGCUGUAAAACAAUAUUAUAAGUGUGAGGGUUUCAGCAUGAAUAACGUUUUACUAUGUAAAUGUUUUGGCACAUAAGUAGUUGGAGAGUUAAUUGAAAAUGCCAUUUUUUAUUAGUCCUCUCCAUUAAUUAGGCUAUUUCCUCUUGAACCAUAUGGUCUGUCCACUAGAAACUCGUGUACAAUAUGGACAGAUAUUAUAUAAAUACAUUUAAAAAAAGUUAAACACUCCAGGAGAUUUGCAACUCAAAAGGAGCAACUGCACCUGAAGAUGUUCUGGAAUAAACAAUUAAAUGUGUAGUGUAUUGUGUAGAUAAAUAAGACAAGUAGAUUUCCAUAGCAUUGUUUCUUAAAGUAGUCUUUGAAUGUGUGGUCCUUCAUAUUUUGUAUGAAGUUUGCAAGCACUCCUGGGACGACCUCUUCGAUUUCAUGUUUGCAGAAUAGAAUCAGUAAAUCACUAAUUGUCAUGACAUUUUUGCUUGGCUCUAACCUUAAUCUUCAACUUCCUCUUAAAGGAAUGUGCCUUUCAGAAAUACCUUUGCUUAACAUCCUGUUCAAGUGAAAUAAUCCAGGAACGCUGGUUUCAUUGAAAUGCUAAAAUGACAUGGGUCCUACAGUCAUUGGAACAAAACCACCUUAAAAUACAGAAAUACAAUACAUGGAAGUCAUUGACGAUUAUUUCUGUUUUAUCACAUACUGUACGUCAGGAGUAGUAUUCAGGUUAAUUCUGUCCUCUGGACAAUAUUGCUCACCAAGUCUUUAGCCAGUAAUACAGAAUGAAUACAUAUUUGAGAAGUGGACUUAAAUGUCAUGCACAGGACAACAGUGGGACAAAAUACACAAAAGGGGAGGGGAUACAAGAAAUGACAUUUAAAUAAAUUAAAUCCAAAAGAUGUAUAAAAUGCAUAAUAUUUUGUGCCAGGCCUUUAAUAUACUACAGCAUUGUUUGGGUAAGGGGAGCAGUUUUCAUAGGAUAAAAAGACUCCAGAACAAAAUGGGCCUAACAAAGCAUACAAAA